AUGAUGAUAUUUCAAAUUCAAGAAAUUAUUUAUUUUAACAAUAAUUCAUUUCAAGAUUGUUUAAAUAUAUUAAACGAAGCUACUCAACGUGAAUUUAAUCUCGUUAUUGAUAAUAAUAGCCCGAUUUUAAUUUUUGCACGUUCAUCCGAAUUAUUAGCUAGGCAUUUAUUACUUAUUAAUCGAAUAUAUCAAAAUCCAUUGGGACAAGCUAAUUCUUCUACAUUUAUGUUAAAUGGUGCACAAGUACUUAUAAGUGAAUUUCCACUAUAUGCAUUGAAUCUUUAUCAAUUAGCAGAUCUAUCAGCUCCUAAUCGAGCAAUAAAUAUACUUGGUAUGGCUCGAGCUAAUGCUCAACUUCGCUAUAAUGAUGAAGCAGUAAAAUUCUAUUGA